AGAUCGCAAAUUUCGAAGUAUCGAGUCUAAUGAAAUUUCAACUUGACAACGACGUCCGCUCAAUAUGGAAACAUUCGCAACUAUUUUGUGCAUUCUGCUCACUGCAUACGGUGUUCAAGCUAGAAUGUCAACCGUGGAAGCGGCUAGCAUCGCCUCAAUAAUUUCGCUGUUUGAGAAGCGGGGAUAUAAUUCCAUGAAUUCAUCUACGCUAUUGGAAACGAAGAUUACAAAUAGUACGAGCUUCUCAGAAACUCUUGGUAAUUCAACUUUGACUACCAUGAACGAGACAUUGGUUACACAGAUCGAAACGAUUUCGGAAGACUUGGCUGCACUACAAGUUUCGUCUUCGGUUAACGUUUCCUCGUGCAUUCCUUCACUGACGAAUGCUACCGCUACAGCGACAGAAAUUGUUGCCAAUGCAACGACCUGCUGGAAUAGUUUGAUAACUGAACUGGAUUCCGUCAACAAAGCGUCUCUGACGACAAUUGCAGACUUCAUAAGCGAUUGGGACGACCCGAUGACAGACUUAUAUACAUGUUACACAGCCGAUCCCGCUAGUGAUAUGGAGUGCCUAUUUGACCUUCAAGAUGAUUUCAACGUUGUCUUCGCAACCUGGUACACUGUCGCGAAUUUGGCAAACACAACCAUGGGGAGCUACCUAGAGUUUCUGGUUGGGGUACCAUCCUGCAACUACGCAGCCGAAAUUGCAACGCUCGUAACGUAUGUAACAGAUCUUUACAACGAUGCAGUAAACUGCACUGCAACACUGGAAGAAGCGUAACCGCUUUAAAGUUACCUGUUUUGAAGAGAUGGAUUAAAUGUAUGAAUCAAGA